AUGAUUUGUAUACCUGCUUAUCAUGUUGGAAACGAUUCUGCAAGACAGACAUACCCUCAUAAAAAGAAUGCUUUGCAGAAUGUAAGAGCAUCAUUCGUCGUCGUCAAUUUCUGUGAGGACGUAUUAUGGUCGAAGGACAUAGAUUUCUUAACAGCGCUUGCAAGGAGUCCUGUUGAAGACAAGGCUACUCCAGCUACCGCGCCUACGCUGAAAAUGCCAAUAUGUAAAGAACAUGGGACAUCAAGUAUAUCACUGCAGUUUCAUCUCCAAGAUGUGGAUGACUAUGAUGGAAUUGACAACCCUGCAGUUCUUCCAUUGAUCACUCAGAUUGUGUAUGGAAGAAUCUCAAAUGUUACAGCAGUUCUCAGUGGGGAGAUUAGCAAUCGUUCAAGCUUCUGUGUGAAAGACCCGGAAGCUGAUUGGAACCAGGCAUUUAAUUUUUCAAACAAUUUGGAUUUCUUAACUUCAUGCAUUCAAAAGACUAAAGGAGAUAUUACGCGGCGAUUGUGUACAGCAGCAGAGAUGAAAUUCUAUUUCAACAAUUUCUUUGUAAAGGCUGAGAGUGCAAAUUACUUGAGACCCAACCAGAACUGUAAUUUAACCUCUUGGGUUUCUGGAUGUGAGCCAGGAUGGGCAUGUAGUGUGGGCCAAGAUCAGCAGGUUGACCUCAAAAAUGCACAGGACAUGCCUCCCAGAACUCAGAACUGCCAGCCUUGUUGUGAGGGUUUCUUUUGUCCACAUGGUCUCACCUGCAUGAUACCUUGCCCUUCGGGUUCUUACUGUCCCAUGGCAACCCUGAACAGAGCAACCGGUAUUUGUGAACCAUACAUUUACCAGCUACCCCCUGGGCAACCAAACCAUACUUGUGGAGGAGCAAAUAUAUGGGCUGAUGUUGUUAGUAGUGGAGAAUUAUUCUGUUCAGCUGGAUCAUAUUGUCCAACCACAGUGAAAAGAAUUCCCUGCAGUAGUGGACAUUACUGCCGGAAGGGUUCUACAGAUGAGAAACGUUGUUUCAAGUUGACUUCCUGUGAUGCAAACACUGCAAAUCAAAAUAUUCAUGCAUAUGGGAUCAUGCUUAUUGCAGCUUUGAUCACUCUGCUGCUCAUUAUUUACAAUUGUUCUGACCAAGUACUCAUCACUAGGGGGAGAAGACUAGCCAAAUCUCGGGAGAAAGCAGCCAAAAGUGCAAGGGAAAUGGCAAAAGCACGCCAAAGAUGGAAAGGUGCAAAAGAUGCUGCUAAGAAGCAUGCAAGUGGGUUACAAGCUCAUUUAUCACGCACAUUUUCUCGGAAAAAGGACACUCAAGAUCCUGAGAAACUUAAGAUUUUAAAUGAGCCAAAACCAGACAUGGAUGAUGAUCUGCCUACUCCUCCACAUCAAAGUAGAUCAAAUGUAUCACCAUCUACAUCUGUGCCACCAAAGGCAAAGAAAAAGGAACCUAGUGAGCUCAUGCAGAUUAUGCGUAAAAUUGAAGAUGACCCGGAGAAUUUUAAAGGUUUCAGCAUUGGAGGUGAAGACACAAAUGUAGGAAAUGUGCCAAAAGGAAAGCAGAUACAUACUCAUACACAAAUCUUCAAUUAUGCUUAUGCUCAGAUUGAGAAAGAGAAGGCUCAGCAGCAAGAUUACAAGGACCUUACCUUCUCUGGGGUGGUUAAAAUGGCUACUAACAACGAAGUACGGAAAAGGCCUCUAAUUGAGAUUUCUUUCAAGGACCUUACACUUACUUUGAAAUCGAAAAACAAGCAUUUGUUGAGGUGUGUAACUGGUAAAAUAAAGCCUGGCCGCAUCACUGCAGUCAUGGGUCCGUCAGGAGCUGGAAAAACUACUUUUCUUUCUGCCCUGGCUGGAAAAGCGAUUGGAUGCAAUAUGACUGGUUUAAUUCUUGUAAAUGGGAGGAAUGUCUCAAUCCAUUCAUAUAAGAAAAUCAUAGGUUUUGUGCCACAAGAUGAUAUUGUGCAUGGAAACUUGACUGUGGAAGAGAAUCUGUGGUUCAGUGCAAAGUGCAGGUUAUCAGCGGACUUAUCAAAACCAGAUAAAGUUCUGGUGGUUGAAAGAGCUAUUGAGUCCCUAGGGCUCCAGACAGUACGUGAUUCCUUGGUUGGAACUGUAGAGAAACGAGGGAUCUCUGGAGGCCAGAGGAAACGUGUAAAUGUUGGUUUGGAAAUGGUUAUGGAACCUUCACUUUUGAUUUUGGAUGAACCUACAUCUGGUCUGGACAGUGCGUCUUCUCAGCUACUUCUUAGAGCACUUCGACGGGAAGCUCUUGAAGGAGUAAACAUCUGCAUGGUGGUUCACCAACCUAGCUAUGCCUUGUUCAAGAUGUUUGAUGAGUUAGUACUCCUGGCAAAAGGUGGUUUAACUGUCUAUCAUGGAUCGGCAAAGCAAGUAGAAGAAUACUUUUCAAGCAUUGGGAUCAAUGUCCCAGACCGCAUUAACCCUCCAGACCACUACAUUGAUAUUUUGGAGGGUAUGGUGACAACAGAAAGGAGUUCAGGAGUGAUUUAUAAAGAUCUUCCCCUCAGAUGGAUGCUUUAUAAUGGGUACUCGGUACCCCCUGAUAUGAGGCCGAGUGCUGCUCAACUUUCAUUGCCCUCAAUGGAUGAAAAUUUAGUUCAUGAAACAAAUCCUGCUGAUGCUCAGAUAGAGGAACAAUCUUUUGCUGGAGAGUUAUGGCAAGAUGUAAAAACUAAUGUGGAUCUGCAUCGUGAUAAGAUACGUCUUAAUUUCUUGAAAUCUAAGGAUAUGUCUAACCGGAGAACUCCAGGUGUAUUUCAGCAAUACAGAUACUUCCUCGGAAGACUUGGUAAGCAGAGACUUAGAGAAGCUCGGAUACAAGCAGUUGAUUAUCUGAUUUUAUUACUUGCUGGAGCCUGCUUAGGAUCACUUGCAAAAGCGAGCGAUCAGGACUUCGGUGCACUUGGUUACACAUACACCAUCAUUGCAGUUUCUCUACUGUGUAAGAUUGCGGCUUUGAGAUCCUUUUCUCUAGAUAGAUUACAGCAUUGGAGAGAGAGCGCAUCUGGGAUGAGCAGCUUGGCUUAUUUUCUUGCUAAGGAUACUGUCGACCAUUUUAAUACAGUGAUCAAACCUUUCGUGUAUCUUUCCAUGUUCUACUUCUUCACCAACCCAAGAUCUAGCUUUGCAGAUAAUUAUGUUGUUCUGCUUUGCCUUGUGUAUUGUGUAACUGGCAUAGCGUAUGCAUUAGCAAUAUUUUUCGAACAAGGUGCAGCCCAGCUAUCAUCGGUUCUCCUUCCAGUUGUUUUGACACUCAUAGCAACACGACCACAUGAUGGUCAGAUGCUCAAGGCUUUAGCAAAUGUAUGCUACCCUAAGUGGGCUUUGGAAGCAUUUGUGAUUGCAAAUGUUGAAAGGUAUUCUGGAGUAUGGCUAAUAACUAGGUGCGGAGCACUUUUGAAAAAUGGCUACAAUCUGAAUGACUGGAGUCUUUGUAUAAUAGUUCUCGUCUUCACAGGGUUCGUUAGCCGUGUGAUAGCUUUCCUCUGCAUGGUGACAUUUCAGAAGAAGUGACAUCAGAAAUCAACAAUAGCAUCACACACACUCGGUUGAAAGUGUUUGAUGUGAUGUUAGCCUUCGAAUUCUCAUAGAAACACAGAAGAAUUCCUAGAUUUUUUGAGGGAGUGUAUUGACUUUAACAUUACCAAAGAAGAUAUGUAAAUGAUAUAUCAGGAAAAAUGAAAGAAAACCGAUGAAGUUGUACAGAAUGCGACCUCUACGGUAUCUUCUUUUCAUGGGUC